AUGGGUCAGCAAGCCAAGAAGAGGAAGCACCAGGAAGUCUCAGUUGAAAACGGGAGUUAUGAUCCGUAUGACACAGGCGAAAAUACCUCCUCAAGAUUUUCAGAUUGGUUCGAACUCUUUUCAACCCUUCGAACUCGUGUCGGUCGAAAAAGAUUCAAGCCCUAUAUUUCAUGGCACAAGGAAGAGGAAGAGAGAAGGACGCGACUUUCUUCGACCUGCAGCGAAACACCUUCAAUCCUGAAGUCGAGACUUGUUGGUGGUGAUGAAGAAGAAAUGCUGCCUAGAUAUGGUAGGGCACCGGAAUAUACGUCGAAUGAGGUGAAAGAAUCCGCUGACAUAUGUCAAAAGCAUGCCUACAACUUCGACCAGAUCCUUGAUAGUUUCAAUUCGAAGACGGCUUCAGAAACAACAACGGCUCCGGAAUUCCCUGAACCCGUUGUGUCACAUGAUUUGAACGCAAAUAGAGCGUUUAGCAUUGACGAGGUCAAUGCUGCCGUCGCUGUUUGUACCCUUGUCUCUGACAUUUGCAGAUAUCGUGGAAGACUGUCUACUGAAGACCAAGUCAUACUGCGUGAUGCCUUGAAAAGGAUGCCAUACCUCUUGACAUCUAUAGGACGGAAAAAGGAACCCAAACAGGCACUCAUGUUUCAGAUAGAGGUCUACGAGAACCCCGCAUCCACAAGCUGGGGAUCUAUUGAAAGCUUCGACACUUUGCAAAAUUGGUUAGAAUUGCUUGAGAGGUUUGACAACUGUGCGGAGCUGUAUCCAAGCAAGGGACCAGGAGGUAUGUUUAUAGUAUGA